UCGUUUCCAUGCAAUAUCAUCAAAAUACAAAAAUCAAAAAAAUCAAAAAAAUCAAAAUUUUGAAGCAUAAUCGAAAUCUGUUACAACUAAAUAUGAGCGAGAACUAUUGGUUAGCAAUGAGCAAAUAACCAACUGAAAUGUGUUUUAGAUCAAUAUAAAUCUAAGAAGCACGGGGACGGAAAAGGAGACCCGUUUCAAGUACCCGAUAUGUUUCGGGUACGGGGACGGUUCGGGGACGGCUGAGGGACGUACCGGGGACGUGCCACGGUGGCAGGGUAUGGCUGACCGAAAUGGGGGACAGUCAAAGCUUAUCCGGGACGUUUCGGGGACGUACCCAAAGGUAAUUUUGGCUGAGGAGACAACCUCCGAGGACGAAGAAGUGGGAUCUUCAGCCGAGGAAGAAGAAGAGGAUGAAGAACCCCAAACCCAGUCUACUCCAUUGAUCCAAAAGAGCCCACCUCCCAGGAAGCUUGAUCCUGCGAUAGCCGUCGCGGGGAAUGAAGAAUCUGAGGAAUUCGGGACUGAGUCGGAAUCCGAAUCCGACACGGCUACGCCGAAUGUCAAGCCUCUUGCGACGAAACCCAUGGAAGACAUGAACGCGAAGAAACCCAUAUCCGAGACUGUUGAAAGUUGAUGGACAAGAUUAGAAGGUUAAAGAAAAAGUUUGAGAACAAUGCCGGGAAAGGUAAAAAGGGUGAGGAUCGAAGUUUCUCUAAAGCCC